AUGGCGGGUGCAAGCACAAGAAAAGAAGCUUUAGCAAUGCGGUUUUCCCUUCUCCAGUUGCCAGUCGCUGUUCUCUGCUUUGUCACAUUGAAAUUUUUCGUCGACGUGCCGCUACUCUUUCUUCAGCAUUCUCAAUUGAAAGUGGAGCGCGAUUAUUGCUUUAGAAUCUCUCACUCUCAACCACGUCGAUGUGUCGAGGCCAAUUCGUCAACUUUUUUGCCAAAUGCCACCCGCUUUCACGAUCUAGGCAUCAAAAUAGCAACUAAUCAAUCUAAUCCUGUGAACACCGAAGAGAUGUAUGUGUAUGAUUGGAUGUGGGCAAAAUGGACAAUUUCGAAUCUAAUUAUAAUGGCCGUCGGCUUCAAAAUUUUUCAAGGAUGUUCCCUACUUUAUAAUGGUACAAUCACGCAAAACCAAGUCGGAGUCGCAUUUUAUCUAUUCACAGUUGAAGCGGCUAUUUAUCUCAUUUCAUGUCGACUCUUGCCUCCAAUUCCAGCACCGAUCAUUUCACAAAGAUCUCCUUUUUCUGUACGCUUUUGUGGACUUUCAAUUCAUUUGUCGUUAUAUCAUUUUGUUGUUUUUCUGAUGAGUCUUUUCAUUGUGCAUCGACGGGUUUACGGUAAAUGU